GAAUAAUUAAAUUGUUGUUGACGUACUUUAAUUGUCACGUUUGAUAGUUUUUUUUUCGCACAUCGUUAUCGGGUUUAUGAAAUAGUAUUCAUUGAAGGCUAUUAUAAGCAGAGUUAUUUUUGUAAAUUAUUUAAAGGUGGUUUGUUUGUAAUUAAAAAUGGCUAACAUAAUAAACGCGGAUAAUAAUUCAUGUGAAUUUAAAAAAGAUAUCGGAAGAAGAAGUGCUGUUCCGAUAAUUUAUACUCGAGGAACUCACUAUGAAAUUGGUUUCGAUAUCGGUCGUACCUUUGCUAAAAUAAUAAAUGAGUUUGUUGAUUGUUACAAACCGCUAAAUGAUACAUAUUUAGCAGCCUACAAUACUAAAGAAGGAAAAAUUGUUUAUGAUGAAACAUUAGAAUGCGUUAAAAAACAAUUUCCGCAAUAUUUACGUGAAAUUGAAGGAACAGCUGCUGGUGCUAAUGUACCAUUUUACAAGCUGUUUCUUAUGCACCUUGAUGACAUUCUCCCCAAUGUCAUUAAUGGAGAAAUGGCGAGCACUAAACAACCUGUUGGAUGUUCGUCUAUUAUUUGCAAUCAUCCUGGGCAGGAAAUUUUAGGACACAACGAAGAUGCAUUGAGCGAAACUUUGAAUUAUUGGUACAUAGUUUGCGCAGAUAUUGUUGAGCCAGGAUAUAAAAAAGAAAAAUUUUCAUCUCUAUCAUACGCAGGCUUUCUUCCUGGCUACACAAUGGGAUUUAAUUAUCACGGACUAGUCUUCAGCAUCAAUACUCUAAGCGCUAAAACACUGAGAUCGGGAAAAACUCCUCGAUAUUUCUUAGCUCGAGCUCUUCUCGGCGUAGAAAAUUUUGUCCAAGCUCAGCAGACAUUGAGAAACAAAGGCUACGGAGCCGCUGAAGGUUUUUCAGUUAACAUGACAUUUUUAGAGCAAGAAGGUGACAGAAUGUUUCACAACGCCGAAGUCGGUCCCGUUGAAAAAGGCUCUGAUGAAUCACAACUGAGUAUUCUCACCGCAAGUCCCGGGGAAAAUAUAUUUCAUUGCAAUAAAUAUCUCAGAUUAAAAGUACCCGAAGUAGAUGGCGUAAUUAUUCCCAGCAGUGAGCAUCGAAUGUCAGCAAUAUUGCGACAUCCACGACCGCGUACUCGCCGCGAAGUAAUUGAUAUACUCACUGAUCAAACGGAUAACGAGUAUCGCGUUUAUCAGGAAUUCGGUCCAGAUGAUUACGUCAAAACAAUAGCGACUGGAAUAUUUGAUUGCGUUAAAAGAACUUGGUCUAUUUACGCCAAUAAGCCAAAAUUUAAUGAACCAUUGGUCGUUUUACCCAUACGUACUGAAACAUUUUAAAUAUUUUCAUUCAAUACUUAAUUAUAAUUAUUAAUCACUCACAUUUACGUCAUGGAAUUUUUAUCUAAUUUAAUUUAAAUCUGGAGAUAAAAAAAAAUAGACUAAAAAGUUACGGAUUUUAA